GGUCCAUAAAACUAAAAUAAAAACGACUUUUUGAUGAUUGAGGACUUUUGAACGAUCUACAAUAUAUCGUUAAGAACUCAUUGUACUCAUCCCAAAUCGUGAAGUUAUCUCCAAGUCUUUGCAACUACCGUGUGUGUCGCGCGUAUUACUGAAUAAAUUAUGACUCGACCAGACAUCGCCUACGCCGUGAACUUCUUAAGUCAGUUCAACUCGAGCUACGAUGCAAACCACUGGAAAGCAGCUAAGCGAGUUCUUCGAUAUCUACGCAGAUCGGAAACCUGGGACUACUUUUUCAAGGCUCAAGCGAAGAUUUGUAUGGCGUUGUCGACGCAGACUGAACGCGCAAACUUAACCGAUCGGCGCUCAUACUCAGGCCAGGCGUUCAUCCUAGCAGGUGCGGCUGUGAGCUGGGAGGCACGCAAGCAAAGGACCGUGGCACUAUCCAGCACGGAGUCUGAAUAUCUGGCAAUGUCUAGCGCAGCCAAGGAAGCUGUGUAUUUAAAGGCACUUCUAAAUAGUCUAGGCUGGACCUGCGAGACUGUCAAAAUUUUUAACGACAACCAAAUCGCUCAGAGCUUGGUCAAAGGUUUCGGUUUCCAUCCACGCAGGAAACAAAUAGACGUACGUCAUCAUUUUAUACAGGAUAUGUACAAGAGUGGUGACAUCGAUAUAGAGUAUAUGCAAACCGAUAAGAUGCCAGCUGAUGUCAUGACCAAAGGGCUUAAUAGUUUCAAGCAUUCGAAUUGUAUUUCUUGGCUCGGCAUCACUUGUAUCAAUUAAUUUAUAAAUGGUUACUUUCAGGGCGCGUGUUGUAAUUUGGAGUAUUAUUUACAAAGUAACAAACUGGUCACAUCACUCACACUAAAACGACUUCGACAUUGUACUUCACCGUGAAAAGAAGAGACACGGCUUACUAGCAAAUAUAGUUAUAAUUUCCUAUGAACUUAACGUUCACUCGUGGCGUUAUUAUUUCGAAACAGAUUUACUGGGGGUAAUUCACGCAAGGAAUUCCACAAAUUCUCACAAAUUGUGUUUAAAAUUUCAAAACGAUUCGUCCAGCACAUUUUGCAGGAUCGUGUUCACCGACCUUAAAAUGGCAGCUUUUCCGGAAAGCGUUUUAAAGUUUUGGACACCCAAAAAUCGAAUACAAGUUUUACUC